GAAAAUUGCAGUAAGUGAGACGUAACCACGAAUUAAUUAUACACGCGCACACUAAGUUAUUAAUAUGAUAUAUAUAUAUAUAUUUUACAUAUAGAAUUAUUUCUUAUAAGUUACCUUUAUAUUUAUUCUAUUUUACAAGUCACUACGACGUUUUGAUGAAUAAAUCAUAGUAUACAAGAAUAUUAUGAGUUACACCAUUGACACGAAUUUGGCGGCCCACCAGCUACCCGACGGCUUUCUUUCCAAUACUUCCGACUUCCUAUGCGUGCUGUUCGACCGGCCCAAAAAAGUGAUCAUGGGCCAACUACGAUCUGGACAGGAGUUUGACUUUUCUGGUUCAACCGAACCUUGUGUCGUGAUGAACCUAACCAGAGGAUCACUACGGCCCAGCACGACGAUUGACGAAGGGGCUAUUGAACGGUAUGUGUCAGCCAUCAGUGAAUACUUGCAAAACGUGCUAGGAGUUCCCAAGUCCAGGUAUUAUUUACAUCUUUAA